CAACUGUAAUUUUUUAUUUUUUUUAAAAAGAAGAAGAACAAGAACAAGAAGUUAAAUUGCUGGAUUUAAACAGAGAAUCGAAACAAAUGCAAACCCAACAAUACAAUAAAUUAGAGAAGAAAGAGAGAAGUCUCGUGAAUUCAAUUCCCCCCCUCUCUCUCUUAACUCUGCCUUCCAGUCUCCUUCCAAAAAAACGCCCCUCUCUCUCUCUCUCUCUCCUAACACAUCAGAGAAGAAAGCUGAGUUCCACGCAAUCAAACCUUAAGAAACGAAACCCAUCUUGCAUUUUCUAUUUUAGUUGUUUUAUUGGUCUAAUGGAGUUCUAUUUAUGAGCCAAUCAAAGCCAUAGAAAAGAGAGAAUCCCUUGAAAUUCAACUACCAUGGAAGAAUCAAGUGAAGUGCAUUCUGAAGAGAAUAGAGUUUCUCUAGAGAAGAAUUUAAAAAGGACAGUCAAGACGCCAGCCCAGGUUAUUGCUUUGGAGAGCUUUUAUAAUGAGCACAAAUAUCCUACGGAGGAAAUGAAAUCAGAACUUGCAGACCGAAUUGGGUUGACAGAAAAGCAAAUAUCUAGCUGGUUUUGCCACAGAAGGUUAAAAGACAAAAGAUUGAAGGAUGAAGGAUACACUAAUGGACGACAAGAUCGGUCUAGCAGUAUUCUUCAUGAUCGUGGUAGUGGAUUGAGGCAAGAUUCAUGUGGCAGUACUAAACAAGGUGAUUAUAGGAAUAUCGAUCCAAGGGAAGUUGAAAGCCAGAGACUUUAUGGUCAAGAUUUUCAUACUGCUGAUCUAACGUAUGACCGUACAAGUCGCUAUACAGGGAAUGUUAGCGGCAUUGAUGAUAUAUCUUCAGGAAGUAGCUCAUCGUUGCAAGAUAAGUUUGUUUCUCAAAGAGAGGAUCCUUAUGAUACAGAAACCUCAAAGUACCUAGCACAGAAUGGAGCUUCCAUGCCAUUAAUUCCCAAGGGUGCUGAGAGUUUUGGGUAUAAACCAUCAGGAUAUUUGAAAGUGAAGGGCGAAAUUGAGAAUGCUGCUAUUACCGCUGUCAAGAUGCAAUUGGGCAGGCAUUAUAAGGAGGAUGGUCCACCUCUUGGUGUUGACUUCCAGUCACUCCCUCCUAGUGCAUUUGCAUCCCCAAGUAGAGAUCCAGUCAAUGGACCAAUCUAUGUAGGAGAUCUUGUUGGGAUGCGUUCUCCUGAUGUUUCUGGAGUUCGAAAGCAACCCAGUCUCAGUGGUAGAUAUGAAGUAUAUAGCACCAAGAUGAGUUCUCAUGAUUCAUAUACGGAGGGAGCAAAUUGUAAUCCCGAGCAUGGAUCCGAUUCUCAUGAGAGAAAAUCCCGUCACCAUCUAGAACAGAAGUCUACCUAUAAUGUUUCCAAUUCUAAUGCAGGCGGGAACUCUACCAUGGAUAUGCCUGAUGAUCUUGCUGUUGAAACGUCAGUCUAUAGAAGCAAAAGAAAUUAUAGGACGAGCUCUAAGCAUGAUUUUGAAGGGAGAAGAUCAGAUUCUUUUGCAACCCAUCAUGGCCCUCGUGGUAGGAGAGAAAAGACAGAAGCUUGGUUGCAUGAUUGUGAUAAUGACAAUCCUAAGAUAGCUCGAAGGAAUGACUACAUGUCUAAGCCUUCACACUCGAUUCUUGGACCUGGAAAAUCUCUUGUUACAGAGGAGAGAGCACCAUUUACAAAGACGGAAAAGGAGGAAAAGCUUUAUGGAGAAAUGAAGAGAAUGAAAGGCUCGCAUGAUUCAGUUAGAGUAAAGAGGCAUCCGAGAGAUGAAACAGCUGUUGCAAAAAGAUUCAGAGCUGACUUUCCACGUCAAGAACAUGUGACAAAAGCAUCAGUUUCUGGUAUGCGCCGAAGAACAAAUCUGACUGAAGGGUCUGUCAUGGAGAGGCCAUCUAGUUUCAGCGAGGAUGAAACUGCAGAAACCAGUUCUUCAGCAGAAUGAGGAUCUGACAAUUGAUGGAUUUGGAUGGUGUAUGGGUUUGUGUGAUCACCUGUCAGAAAGAUAGCGAUACCCAUUUACCUGAUGAAGAUGGUACGAAGUUGUACAGUUGAGAGAAUGUAUUUCAUCUGUUGGUGAUGUUCCCAUUCUACGAGGAAUGAAAUUUUAGUUCGUUAUGGCAACCAAUUGGUUUAGCCAGUGAUGUCAUCAAGUAUAUACUUCGUAGUUUGUACAAAUUUUGUCCCGAAUACUAAAAUUCUUUCCGGGGAUAUUCUGAUUGUAAAUCUGAUUAGGCAAGACCCCUUCGAUGUUGAUGACCGCGUGCCACUGCACAGCAUGCCCGUAUUGCUUUUUCGUGAAGGCAAAUGAUAGCAAGACUACUCUAUAAAGCUGUUUUCAGGGGAUGAUUGAAGUACUUUCUAGUUUCUAUAACUAAUGCAUGACAUGGCUUUUUCCUUUUCUCCCUUGUGAAAUAUGAAAGCUCGGAUUAAUAUUUUA